AUGAGACCAACCACAAGCCACAGUUUCCAGCACGACGCUCAUCACCAUAAUUACAAUCAGGAAGCGACGAGGAGAUCGAGCGCCGUUAAUUGCCCUCCGCCGUUGAAAGUCAACAAGGACUCCCGCGCCAUCAUCAAGAACAAUUCAUCCGCCUCCCCGCCCUACUCCUCAUCGUCAUCCUCCGCCUCCUCCCUCGCCGUCGCGGGCUCCGCCAAACCGCCGCCGCAGCGCCACCCGGUCAUAAUAUACACCCAUUCCCCCAAAGUCAUCCACACCCACCCCAGGGAUUUCAUGGCCUUGGUCCAGAAGCUCACCGGCCUCUCCCGCUCCGACCAAGACCCUGCCGCCGACCCUUCUCCCUCGUCCUCUCGUCGCCACCACCGCCGCCUCCACAACCACAAGUCAGGCGCCGGGCGUCGCAACGAUGCGGAGGGGGAGAAUCACAAUAUUAUUAAUAAUAGCAACAAUAAGAUCGGCGGCGGGGGCGAGAACGAGGAUAACGAAUCUUCGUCGGUGAUUACGGAGGAGAACUGCGGCGACGGACAGCAGGCGAAUUCUUCGUCGAAUACCUUUGUGCCUUCUUCGAUUUUCGAAUCUCCGCCGCCGAACCCCUACCACCAGCUGACGACGAACGUGCCGGUGUUUCCCCCGUCAGGCUCGGCCGGCGAUCGUCAUCUCUAUUGUGGGACCCCCAAUCCGGCGCCGUUCUUUAACUACACGGAUCCUUUGUUUUUCGGGACGCCCAGUUUCAGGAACUUGGACGCCAUUAAUGAUCACUUUCGUGACUUCUGA